AUGGCGAAGACGCCUAAGGAGGCAGAUGAGCUUAUUGAGAUGGUUUCUAAUAACCAGUACAUAUACACUUCUGAGAGGAACCCUGCAAAUACUCGGACCACUCAAAAGAGAAAAGGCAUGGAGGUGGAUACACUGGAUGCCAUUUUGGCUCAAAACAAGCUCAUCAACACAGAGGUAAAUCCAAGGGAGGAGUGCAAAUCCCUCACCCUGGGCAAGGAGGCCGUGCCUAAGGAAGAGGAUGUUGCUGAGGAUUUGAAGGAGAAAAAGGCCCAAGAGGAGGCUGGCAGUGCAUUUGUACACACUUCAAUAGUGAUAGAAGAGUCUAAAGUACAACACCUUCAGAACGUGCAAGAGGAGAUCAAGGAUGAACAACUUGCUCAAUUCUUGGCAGUCUUCAAGAAGUUACAAAUCAAUAUUCUUUUUGCUGAGGUGUUGGAGAAAAAGCCUCCCUAUAUGGCUUGUUUAAAAAGUGUAUUCUCUGAGAAAAAGGCCCUGAGGGGAGAUGAAACUGUAGUGUUGACCAAGAAAUGUAGUGCACUAGUGCAAAAGAAGCUACCUCGGAAAUUGCUAGAUCCCAGAAGCUUCCUAAUUCCCUGUACUAUAGGGACCAUCACAUUUGAGAAGUCACUAUGCAACCUUGGAUCAAGUAUAAAUCUAUCGUCUCUCUCUGUAAUGAAGAAACUGGGGAUCCAAGAGGCGCAGCCCAUAAGGAUCUCACUAGAGAUGGUAGACAAGUUUCUGAAGCGAGCAUAUAGAGUGGUGGAGAACAUCCUUGUAAAGGUUGAAGACCUUUACCUCCCUACGAACUUCGUGAUACUUGAUAUUGGAGAGGAAAAUGAUGACUCCAUCAUCCUAGGAAGACCAUUCUUAGCUACUGGGAGAGCCUUGAUUGAUGUUGAGAGAGGAGAGUUAGUUAUGAGGUUAUGGGAGGAUCACGUACUAUUUAAGAUUCCCAAACCUCAAUCUUUCUCAGACAAAGAAAGUACUAGCAUGUAG